CGUAAUUCGAUUUAACCAAAACAAUUGACAAUUCUCAUUAAUAGAUACCCUUUCAUAAUAUUCUUGUGUGUUUUCAAAUGAGUUCUAACAGCCGUAGUUCAUCUGAAGCACCGUCUGAGCAAACACGAUUACUGGAAAGUCCCGAGCAAAAUCCUAGCCAAAGUGAUGCCAAAUUUAAUCAUUUUUUUGUAACUAUUGCCGUAGGAUAUGUUUAUGCUAUAAUCAAUUUACUUUCAUUUUACUAUUCUAAUCAGGGUCCUUUCUUCGUUACUACUGAAUCACAGAUAGUUUUCUGGGGAAUCUAUAGCAUAUCACUAAUAUCUUCUACUGUACUUCGAAUCCGACUGACGAAGAAUGCCGUUUUAUUCGUAAAACACUGGAUAUUAGGAUGCUUUAUGACAAUUAUUUAUUUUCUUAUAUUUAUAACCUAUCUUCAAGAACAUAUGCGAUCUUUAAACCCUCCCAAACGCCCAGUGGACCUUUCAAGAUGGAUGUGGAUUAUCAUCGGUUUAGUUUUGUGUGGAUCCAUUGAAUCACACGCAUAUUGCAUAAAAAACUCCAAUGAUAUUUUGGUUGCUGUCUUGAUGACAAUAACCUAUGUGGUUAUUCUAUGUCCCAUUCCGUUGUUUCUCUCGCAUAUGGGAUUUUUGUUUCCUUUAAAAUGGCUGAUCUCUUCUCCGAAUUUCUUUGUCAUAUCCUUAAUGACCUUCAGUGCUAUCACUUUGUAUCAAACCUCUUCUUUCGAAAUGGCUCUAUAUUGGAAGAAAAGAUUUAUUGUAGCUUCUUUAAAGUCAUUUUGUUUUACUUCUUGCGUAGGGGCUCCUGCCUUCCUCUCAGCAUUUACGAAACAUAUCAAGGGAAGCGAUAACUUACCAAAAGGAUUCUGGUAUGCCAUCGCUGCCACUGCAGAUGCUUUAGCAAUCUUAGAAACGAUGUACCCGGGAGCUCUAUACCGAAUAUAUCGUGGCAUUAAAGAUCCCCUUUGGAAUUCUAAACCCACGGAUGAGGAACAGAUGGAAGAAGUUUAGCCUUCUUUCACACCUUCCCUGAGAUGUCCAAAUAGGUCAUCGAAUAAUGAUCACAAGAGCUUUUGAUAACUGCUGAUUCAUUUGAUCAUGCUUAUACGAAUGAUUAUUCACUAUGAUAGACCUUGACGACCUUCAGCCGUUCUGAUAUAUAUUUAAUAGGAAAAAUAAAGAAAAAGAAAAAAAAAAAAAGG